UAGGGACACUCACUAUUUGGAUGUCAUGACUCGCAUGAUGUCAGAUAGGGAUUUCAAGUGUCCUCAUCUUGAGUUUGACAGAUUGUACUCUCCUGCCAACCCUACCUACGUGUACAGUUUUAAUCACCGACUAUCAGUUAGUCCGUAUCCAAAGUGGAUAGGAGCAACCCAUUGGUAUGAUGUUGAGUUUGUGUUUGGUUUGGUCCUGGAAAAGUAUCUGGGAUGUACAGAGGAGGAGAUGGAACUCAGCAGGACCAUCAUGACCUAUUGGACCAACUUUGCCAAGUCAGGCAACCCUAACACUCCUGUCCCCGUCAAGGUGAACUGGCCAACCUCUGACAACACUGAUCUCUCCUACAUGGCUCUUGACGUGGGCAGCAACUUAGCAGCGGGACACGGGGUAGUCCACCACGAAUGUGUCUUCAUCAACAGGAUUCUACCCAUGAUUUCUAAAGACCCACCGGAAGGGCAGGACUACUGCACCAAAGGAUGACAACAUCUUAAUAAUCGGACCUGAGUA